AUGAGCGAAAAUGGUCCUGGAGAAAAACGAUACGAUCCUCAAGACACCACCUUAAAGUUUGUGAACAGACCGGACGACCUGGACCCUAUGCCUCCAGACGAAGGAGAAGAGUGCAUCUGUGCAGAGAUGUCCUGUGGUCAUGCAGUCACCCCACAGUCCCUGACUGGGUGGUGCCGCAGUCUUCUGGACCAGGGACAGUACAAGUUCAAGUGUCCUGCUCUGAAGAAGGGCACCACUCAGAAGUGCGAGAAGGAGUGGCCCUAUCAGGAGGUGCGCAGGCUGGCUGUGCUCACUGCAGACGAGAUGGAGCACUUUGAGGAGAAUCUGGCCCGUUUAGCUGCUGCAACGUACUUCGAGUACAAGGCUUGUCCUGGGUGUAAAACAUAUGUGGAGAGGAAAGACCUGACCAACCUUGACGUGGAGUGUACAGUUUGUCGAUCUGACAACAAAAACAGUCAGUUCUGCUGGCAGUGCCUCAAACCCUGGAAAGGCCCAGCUCCUCGCUCUGACCGCUGUGACAAUGAUGGCUGCACCAACCUUGAGCUGCAGCUGCUGUUGAAUUGCAAAACAACCAACCUCCAGGAGGUGGAGGGGGCACAAGCAGUGCCCUCCAUCCGGGCCUGCCCCACAUGUGGGCAGAAGGUGGAACACAACAAGACAGGCUGCAAGAACGUCAUCUGCCCUCGCUGCCAGAAAGAGUUCUGCUUUGUGUGUCUGAAGCUGACCCCUGAGUGUCUGCAGACCAGCUCCUACUAUAAGCCCUGCAGCGCUGGAGUGGCCCCGCGGCAGACCGCCAUCCCAGUGUGGCAGCGGGACUGA